AUUAAUCUUUAAGGAAAUCUCACAUUGUACUCACCACUCAGUACUCACCCUCCAAAACGAACAAGUAACGUCGCUCCACGUGCCAGAACUCAUGGAACCUUGACGUAAUCUGAUCCCAUCUCAAAGUGCGAGAAUAAGAGCGCCUAUCGCAUAUUGAAUAUCGAAAUGUUGUGUCGUAUAUGAGGCUCUCCUCCCUGUUGAGCUUUCACCAACAUGGCUAGGGUAUCAUCCGGAUCGGCGGCGAGGUCGUUAAUGGCGUCGAGGAUUAAAGCCUACUCCUUGCCUCUCGUUCUCUUCGCUGCCGCUAUGUUCUACCAGCUCUUUGUUAUCUCAAAGUCCUUCCCUCCCACUCACUACGACGUUCUUGGAAUCAAGUGGUACAGUUCUAUUGAAGAAGUGGAGGAGGCCUACGAAAAGCUUUCGUCCAACUGGAAUUCAGGCAAUGAGAUUCCUAGUGCCACUGAUUUUGUUAAGGUUCGAUAUGCUUAUGAGUUGCUGUCAAAUCCUUCAUGGAAAAGGAACUAUGACAUAUUUGGCAUUGAUGAGCAACUACAUAUUGUUGAAAAGCUUAAAGGGCAAUAUGCUGGUGAAAGUUAUUCAAAAGUAGAACUUCCUCUGUUAGAUGCUAUUGCUACUGAGCCUGAAGAUCCUACCCUUAAUGUCAUUGCCUCCAAAGAUUUUCCAUCGAUUUUACAGGAUGCUGACCCUUGGCUGUUUCAGUUGUUUUCAUUUGGGAGCAAACGCUGUGCUCAGUUUUCACUUGUCUGGAAAAGGAUUGUUGCUUUGCUGGAUGGAGUAGCAAAUACUGGUGUGGUGGAACUUGGUGAUGUUCAACUUGCAGCUUACCUUGCUGAGAAAAAACCAACAGGGCAACCUUUCUUUAGGAAUGGCCUUCCUUCACUUGUUGCUUUGCCUCAAGAUUGUAAAACUGCAGAUUGUCUUAUAAGGUUUGAAGGGGAGUUUUCUGUAGAUGCAGUUACAGAUUGGGUUGCAACAACGGUACUUGGUUUACCACGAAUUCUCUACUACACGAGGGACACCUUGGUACCAAAUUUUCUGGUGAAAAGUGGUCCUCAUAAGGUAAAAGUCAUUUUCUUCUCAAAAACCGGGGAACGUGCUGCUCCAUUUGUACGUCAAGCUGCUAAAAAUUAUUGGGCAUAUGCCUCUUUUGCAUUUGUACUGUGGCGCGAAGAAGAAUCUUCCUUUUGGUGGAACACGCUAGAGGUGGAAUCUGCACCUGCUAUAGUUUUUUUGAAAGAUGCAGGAGUAAAACCUAUCGUUCACCAUGGUCUGGUUAACAGUUCAUGGUUUUCAAAUAUUAUGGAACAGAAUAAGCAGCAAGAGCUUCCUCAACUAAGGAGUGUAACAUCAAUGGAGCUGGGUUGUGAUGCUCGGGGUUAUUCUCGUGCUGGAGUGGAUACCACAACCUGGUAUUGUGCUAUUUUGGCAGGAAGGCCAGGCCCUGAACUUGACAAGAUGCGUGAAACCAUGCGCAGGGUUCAAAAAUUAUUGUCAAAUGACAGUGAAUCAAAGGCAGCUGAUAAAGAAGAAUCUGUCUCACCUGCAGCUGUAGCUCUAACUACCAAGCGGUUGACUUUUGCUUGGCUUGAUGGCGAAGCUCAAAAGGGAUUGUGCUUUUUCUGUCUCCAUUCUGAUGUUAACGCAGAGAGUGUGUAUGAAACUUGUGGACCAAGGAGAGAUCUGACUGAUGUACCUAGGUUAUUUAUUGUUCGUUACAAAAGGAAUUCUACCGAGGAUGAUAUGACAGUUGAAGUUGAGAAAAGGCCACAAAGUAUAUGGGAUACAUUUCAAGGGAAGGAAUUGGAUCCUGCAUCACAGCUAGUGGCAAGGUACAAUGGUUCCAGUGAAAUUUUACAGAUUAUCGAGUGGAUUUCAGGAAUAAUCAGAGAUGGUGACUCCAGGGAUCUGCCCUCCUUCAGAACAAAAAGUCCUGAGCUUGUUCCCGAGGAUUCUGAACCUAUAUGGUUUAAAGGUGCGCAACAGGUUCUUUCACGAGACUCGAUGAAGCUAAGGAUUCGCGGCAUCGUAAGGGGAAUAAAUGAUCGCCUAGGAGAUCCAAGGAAUGGUCCAUACUUGCUUCUAGGAGCAUUGAUGUCUUUUGGUGCCAUCUGGCUGAGGAGGAGUCAACAAACUCAUUCAAGUCUGUCAAAUCAGCCAAGUCCACCUAGAGAAGAUGAAAGUAGACCGCGAAGGAGAGACAGGGCUAGAGUUGCAUCAAGAAAAGAUCAAUGCUCUUCCGUGACCGAUGUCGAACCAAAAGAUGCAUACCAGGCACCACUAUCCAACUCCGACUCUGACUAGUAGAUGCUGCGCAACAAAUGGAGCUUUCCAAGUCAGGGGGAAAAGGCACUUGUUGAGCUUUAGUUUGUAACCAUUAGUGACUACAUCAAAAUCACGAGUUUAUAACCUUAUGAGAAACACUAAAACCUCACCAGUUUUAAAUUUUUUUUACCUUAUCCGACUCCAUAUGCACUCUGUAUUGGAUUCCACAAGGCAAUAUUAAAUAGGCAUCCCCCGAGC